CUGGUCCAGGUCCAAUUAUUACAGGUUACAUAUCAAACAACUGUGCUGGGAAGUUUAUUUGAAAGUCUUUCUUCUGAAUUCACCUGGUAACUACUAUAACUAUUAUACACGUGCUGAAUACAAUGCCAUUGAAUAUCCAUAUCCUGUUUGAUUCAUUUGCCAUAGUCAAACAUUGUUUCUUUUCCGGCAAUUCACGAUAAAUGAGGAAGGAAAACAGUGCUUACUCGAUAAACAGUCAGAAACUAUAGAGAGGGUACUGUGAAUUGUGCCACCGGACGAAGAUCGAGGCGAUUGCUUAUACCUUUAACAACGGAGUUCAGUUGUGACCACAGACACGUCUGCCAUACAUAGGUGUGGAGGAAAGCUGCUACCAUGACCAACCACACUCCGCCCGAUGUUCACCCUGAGCCCGUCGGUCACUACAUCCACUGGCCAAUACUGCUGUAUUUCAUUGUGAUCUUCAUUUGUGGCUUGUCCGGGAACACGCUGAUACUCUACGCAUAUCGUUACCGAAUGAAAGAAACUAUAUUUGGCUUCUUUGUUCAAAUACUUGCAACUGUUGACAUGACAACGGUUGUGAUAUCACUUCCUUGCUCGUUUGUGUUCCGAUAUUUCUCUGUAACUUUGGACUUAGCACCGAUGUGCAAGUUUCUUAUAUUCAUGAAUCACUUGAACGCCCUCGUGUCAGGCCUUCUGUUGUCAGUCAUCGCCUUCCAGCGCUACAGGAAAGUAUGCCACCCACACGGUAAACAAAUAACAAAGGCCCUGGCUUGGAAACUGUGCCUCGCUGGGAUGUGUCUGGCAUUUUGUCUAAGUCUUCCGAUCAUAUUUAUCGUUUGAGUGUCCAAGAGUCCUACUGUAGUUGGUAACGAAACCUACGGUGUGCCAACCUGUGACUACGAAGAUCACCGAAAACAGAAAGGAGAGUCCAUAGUAUACGCUGUGCUUGUGGACGCGGAGUUUGCUGGAAUUGCUGUCUUUCUCGUCGUAGUCUACUCCCUGAUUGGAAAAGCCUUAUACAAAAGGAUGAGAGCAAACGACAAUGGAAUUAACUCUGAAAACACCUAUCACGUAAAGAAAACUACCAAAGUGUUUUUCAUGUUAACAGUCGUGUUUUUGGUGUCAGUGUUACCCCUAAUGAUGAUAUCCACGAUCUUUAGUGUAUUCCCUGACCCUCCAAACUUCUCGGAGAUUACACUCACCUUGUUCGACUUCGGAGUGUACCUCCCUCAUGUCAACUGUGUCGCCAACCCUGUGAUUUACAGCUUCACAUCCAAACAGUUUCGCGCUGAAUGUCUGUCUCUGUGUCCUAUGUGUCGGAAGCGCCAUUCCAAGACCCAGGGUGGGGCUUCGUCCGAUUCCAGAACAGCAACCACAUCCUUGUAGCAACAGGACAACAGACACACCCUUGCAGUAUCCAGGACAACAGCUACAUCUUUGACAGUGUGGUUAGAAUUGGUCUGUAGCACUCCAUGCUUGUCGUAAGAGGCGACCAAGGUGGUCAAGUUUCGUUGAUUUGGUUGGCACUUGUCAUCGUACCUCAAUUGGGUAAAUCGUGAUGUUGAUCUUCAUUGUUGAUUCAGGCAUCAUUUGGAUUGGGUUCUCAAGCACAGUGACGUGGUUGUUUGCUUGACAUUGUACACAGAUGACGUGUUUGUUUGCUUGACAUUGUACACAGAUGACGUGUUUGUUUGCUUGACAUUGUACACA